AUGCUGCGGUGCAAGCAGGCGGACGUCGCCAAGAAGCUCUCCUCCGGAUACGGGCGCUUCUGCCACGCGAGGUUCCGCCACGCGGAGCCCCGGGACGAACUGGAGUUGUGCUGCAUGCCGUGGCGCGAGCCCGCGGAGAUGUGGCUCCGGGUGGGUCCCAAAUCACUCCUCGCUCUCACGGUCACCGCCACCUGCCUGCUGAUGCUGCUCGCGCUGCUGCUGCUGCUGCCGGCGCCCGGCUCCAGGAGAGCGACGGCGCCCCUGACCCCCCGCGCGCGAGACCCGACCGACGGGAGGACCCAAGCGCCCUCCGAGGGGCCGGGAGGGUCCCGCGGAGCGCCGUCGGGCCCCGUGCACGUGGAGAUGACCCGGGCGUGGGAGCGCUGGACCCGUCGGCGCAGCGACGGCGCAGGCACGACGCCCCCCCGGGGGCAGCUGCUGUGCGCGCUGCGGGAGCUGUCUCGGCGCGGCACCGAGGUGCUGCGGUGCCACCGGGCGGCCGGGGCGCCGGGGCGCGACGCGCUGCCCGCGGUGUCCCUCGCCCGGCAGCUGGCGGGGAGGUGGCGGCGAUGCGCCGUGGUGAUGAACGCGGGCUCCCUGCUGCGCGCUCAGCUGGGAGCGGAGAUCGAUGGCCACGACGCGGUUAUGCGCUUCAACUCGGCACCCACGGCCGGCUAUGAACUUCACGUGGGCACCAAGACCUCCAUUCGCCUCAUCAACUGGCAGAUCGUAAAUCAGGAGGAGUUCGACUUUGAGACGAGCGAGCUGUACAGAGACAUCAUUCUGGUCUUGUGGGGCCCCCCUCCAUAUACCUGCACUGAGAAAAACCAGCGGCAGUGGAAGGGCCAUGUGAAUAUCACGUUCCCAGCGUUCGACGCGUACAUGAAGCGCAGACGCGAGCGGCCUCGACAGCCGUUCUACCUUCUGCACCCGUGCUUCCGCCGGGGUUUGUGGGAUCUGAUGCAGAGCAACGUGGGGCACGGGGAGCACAUCUUGGCAAACCCCAUCUCGUCGGGGCUUCUGGGCAAGUUUUACGAGAAACGCGUGACGUGCUGACGGGCUGACGUGCCGAUAGGGCUCGCAACGAUGUCGCCUUUACUCCUGUUUAGGAGUCAGAAACGGGAAGGGUUUUUCUUUACAAUUGCAGCAAAGCGCCUGAUGAAGCUGGUUGUUCACAUCACCAGCAAAACAUCACACAGUACUCAAAGUUUAAAUGUCGUGGGUUUAGUCUCCAACACACCAGUGUGCUGAAGUAG